CAUAUUUCCAUAGCCAAGAUCAUAUUUUCAACCUUCCUUAAUGAAGAACAUUAAAUUGCCAUUUAUAUAUUAGUAAAUUUGGAGUCCCAAUAGUCAAAAUUUUCCUCUUUUUUGUAACAGCCGCCUCAAAUUCAAGCGCCAUGGAAAUUAACAAAGAUUAACAGCUUACAAGAUGAGUGAAGAUUACUCGACCUUUAACAUAACAUCCUUAAAAUAGUCGAAUUUGGAGUAGUUGUAGGAAAUUAGAUCCAGUUCUGGAAGAUGUAUUUGUCUCAAGAGAAAAGCAUUUUGCCAUCAAGGCUUCUUGCUUGCUUAAUAGCAUUUGCAAUAUUUCUCUUGUUUUCUUCUUCAUUAUCUCUCAUACAGUUUGAUCCCAAUUCAUUCAUUCCAAUAUCAGUUCUUCACUUAAUUUUGGACAACAGCACAUCUCUUAGCCCAACUUCAAAUGCCAAAACUAAUCUAUUAACAUUACCAACUCCCUCUGCCAAAGCCCCUACUUCCCUUGUAGAUGAAUCAACGACGAAACGAUGCGAUAAGGACAAUGCUCUUCUUAAAGUGUACAUGUAUGAUCUCCCACCCGAGUUUCACUUCGGGUUGUUGGGUUGGAAGGGGGUGAAUGCAAGCCAAACAUGGCCUAAUUUGCGCGAGGCAAAGAGAUUACCAUCCUACCCCGGUGGGCUAAACUUGCAACAUAGUGUUGAGUAUUGGCUUACUCUUGAUCUUCUAGCAUCAAAUGUUGGAAAUGUUGCUAGGCAAUGUAGUGCAUACAGGGUGCAGAACGCGAGCGAAGCAGAUGUGAUUUUCGUGCCCUUUUUCUCGUCCUUGAGUUACAACCGAGGCUCCAAGCAGAGGCAUGGGAGGCAGAAUGACAUGGUGAUGCAGGGGAAAUUGGUGGAGUUUUUGCAAGGUAGGGAGGAGUGGAAGGUGAGUGGUGGGAGGGAUCAUUUGGUUGUGGCUCACCACCCUAAUAGCAUGUUGUUUGCGCGUAAGAAGCUUGGCACGAGCAUGUUUGUGCUGUCGGAUUUUGGGAGAUAUGAUGUGAAGAUAGCUAACAUUGAUAAGGAUGUCAUUGCUCCUUACAAGCACAUGGUGAGGAGUGUUUCUCCUGUUUCCUCCGCUUCCUUCGUUCAACGUCCGACUCUGGUGUAUUUUCAAGGGGCUAUUUAUAGGAAAGAUGGUGGAGUGAUUCGUCGAGAGCUCUACUAUCUUCUGAAAAACGAGAGAGACGUGCAUUUUGCAUUCGGAAGUGUGGGGAGAAAUGGAGUGAGUAAUGCAGGGAAAGGGAUGGCCUCAUCCAAAUUCUGCUUGAAUAUUGCUGGUGACACGCCUUCGUCUAAUCGUCUGUUUGAUGCCAUUGCUAGCCACUGUGUUCCGGUGAUAAUCAGCGAUGAGAUUGAGCUUCCGUUUGAGGAUGUGCUCGACUACUCAGAGUUCUGCGUGUUUGUGCCAGCAGCGGACGCUGUGAAGAAGGGCUACCUUCUGAAUUUGCUCAGAGGCAUUAAAGAAGAGGAAUGGACUAAAAUGUGGGGGAAAUUGAAGGAAAAAAGCCUUCACUAUGAAUACCAGUACCCGUCUCAGCCAAACGAUGCCGUGGACAUGAUAUGGAAGACGGUCACACGCAAGAAGAUGCCAACGUGGUUGAAGGAUCACCGGAGAAACAGAUACAUCAGAUCGCGGUCUCAAUGGAUCAGCAUUUGUUGUGAAUGGGGUCUGGUCCACGGCGAACACGUCUCUUUUGAGACUCGUUAGGAUCAAACACGGUUGAAGGGGAAGGCGCGAUAUCCAGUUGCGUACUACUCCUGUCUAGCAAGGCAUCAUCACCAUUCAGAAUCCUCCUUCUUAGAGCAAGAUCUUUGCUUCUCAGCCCCGCGACAGUCUCCAGCCCGAUUGACAGAAACGCAACGCAAAAGACUGCAACGACGAGCACUCUGUAGAUUAAGCAACCCAUUUCUUGCAGUAUGCGGCUGAUGUGGGAUUUUUUGCUGUUUGAGACAAAUUGUUACUGUUAGAAAUUGUGAUGGCUUGUAUGGUACUAUGCCUCAUUUGUGCUAUUAUUAUAUGUGAUGUGAAAUUAAAUAA